CGUAUGAACAGAUUUCAUACAACCCAAUUGAUCUCUUAAGACUUUACUGCCACAUUUUUCAUUGCCUUGUGAUCAUCCAUGGCAUUCAUGAAGAACUUAAUUGUUUUGUGUGCUAUUGUGGUGCUCCUGCUUCAUUCAAGUGAUGUUGCUAGGGCUGUGACAUGCAAUCCAAUGGCUCUGAGUCCCUGUGCAAGUGCAAUGUUUGGCCCUUCCAAUCCAAAGCCAAAGCCAAGCUCUGAUUGCUGCAACAAGCUCAAACUGCAGCAGAGCUGCAUGUGUCAGUAUGCCAAGGAUAAGAAUCUCAGCAAGUAUAUCAAUACUCCUGAUGCCAAAAGAGUUGCAUCCACUUGCAAUGUCCCAUUCCCUAAAUGCUGAGGUUGUAGCCAUGGAUAAGGAGAUGCCCACAUGCUUCCAGCUGCAGUUAUUUGUGUCUUGGAGCUCUAGAUCAGCUCAUCUGUGGGUCAGAGUUGGGAUAAAUAAAUCAUGUGGGUUAGUUGGGAGGAAUGCUAGGUGAUUUUAUAUGAGCCUACAUAUAUGUGUUGAGUAUGAGAACCAGAGAGAGAUUUUAAUGGAUGCCCAAAUGUAGUAAACAAUAUUAGUAGUUCAACAUAUGAAUAGUGUCCCUUUUGACAA